AAGAGCUUGAAGGUCAUAUUUUUGGUCACUUUGCCUUCGCCUUCUGGCCAGAUCAUAGAUCAACCCAGCUCCGUAGAAGCCAUGAUUGUCUGAAGAGUUUCUGCUGCCAAUUUCUAAAGUCGCAACGUAGACUCAGACUCUCUCGCAACACCAAGCAACUAAAUACCUGUGCUGCAACUUGACCUGCAUUCUCCUGAUUUGAGCUUCACCGAUUCUCAAUAUGUCUGGCGAACCAGAGCCUCGUCGAUCCGUGCGAGCCACAAAAGGUCAACACACAAAAGCAUUUGAUCAACUCGAGAACGGACCGGAACCUGUGAAGCGACGCCAGACCAAAAAGAACAGCAAGAAAACGACCGAGAAGGACGAGAAGCAGGACGAGGAUGAAGAAAUCAUACGUUGCAUCUGCGGUGCUACUACGCAGGACGACGAUGAUACGAACGAACCGUGGAUUGCAUGCGACAAGUGUGGUGCUUGGCAACACAAUGUGUGUAUGGGCAUGAGUGUUUUUACGGAAGAUUUAACUAGAGAUUAUUUCUGCGAACAAUGCGCGCCCGAAGAUCACAAGACUACCCUGGAGGCUAUGAAGAAAGGGGAGAGGCCGUGGGAGGAGCGUAGGCAUAAGUAUGAAGAAGAGAAGAAGCGCAAAAAGGGGGGUAGGAAAAGUAAGGGAAAGCGCGUAAGCGAUCCUAAGGACCGUUCAUCACCGAGUACAUCUACUACGAAGGCAAAGGCAUCUCCUACCCCCGAUGCGAAAAAGGAUGAAAGUACCCCUGAGUCGGCUUCUAAGGGCAAGCGCAAAGCUCGGGAUCAGUCACAAGGGCCACAUAGCAAGCUUCGCAAGGUUUCAGAUGUACAGGCAGUUCCGUCAAGUCCGGCAUACACUCCUCCGGAUGACUUGCCCGAGAGCAUUCAGAAGCUUGAAGGCCCUCGAAGACAAGCAGCCUUAGGCUUGCAGAAAUCCCUUGAUGCGGCCGUCGACCUUACUGAGAAGAGAAAGCUAUAUGCCAUCCCUCAAGGCUCAUCCAAAAAGGACAUUACUGAACGAUUAGCUAUCGAGGUUGAACGAGCCUUUCAAGACACUCACCCGAACACUUCUCAUAAUGCAUCCCAACUUCGCGCACUGUUCUUCAGUCUGAAGAAUAAUGUAGAACUUGCUAGCCAGGUCCUGAACAGGACAUUGCCACCUACAUCCUUUGUAGUGAUGACUGGCGACCAGCUUGCCACCAAAGAGCAGCAGCGUGAGACAGCCGAGAUGAAAGCGCGGGCGGAGAAGCAAUCCAUUCUGAUCACUGAAGAUGGCCCACGGGUACGACGAACUCACAAAGGAGAGGAAGUUGUUGAAGGGGAUCACCUUACAGUGGAAUUAGAUGAAGCCCCGUCUAAUCUUCGCCGAAAGGGUGUUAGAGAAGCGAGUGAGGCCGCCAAUGCGAGCAAUGACGUGACUGCGUCAUCGGCAGAUGGAGUAGCGUCUCCUACGAAUGCUGGUAGCCGUUCUAGCUCAUCUGCGGUGCCUCUUCGGGUCGAUACUCAAGCACACCAGCACUCGCCUAGAAAAUCAGACUUCGAUAUUGGUAAAGUCUUCUCAAGCGUGCGAUCCCCCUCGGUAUCCCAUCAAAGACGAACUUCUACACAAGUUCAGUCGGCCGGUCCCGGCGACGAUCCCGAAGUCGAUCGACUACUUCAGGAGGACGGCAACGAAUCUCCGCCAUACUCACCGACGGAGCACAUUGAUCCUGAUAUCGUGUGGCGCGGUCCCCUUGUUAUGACCAAUGUGGCCGAGGUUGAUACCGUAGCGAGGUAUGCUGGCGGAGCUGAUCUCAGCAAGGUUAGGAACAUUGCAUGGAAAGAUCUGAUACCACCUCUUCUCACAGUCGCUGGGCGUAUCGCGGAAGAGAAAGCUAUACCGUAUCUAUGCGGGUUGAGGUAUAACAACCAGGUAGACUUAGUCAUUACCAGUUUGUCUCCAAGCCACCCCACGGACCCUGCCGCGCAAAAGCAAUUCUUAGCCGUCAUCGAAUACUUCCAAUCUAAGAAACGAUAUGGCGUUGUCGGUGAAAAGAAGCUAGGCAAUGUGAGAGAUACCUACUUAGUGCCUGUGGCAGAGGGCGAUGGUCCGAUCCCAGAACCAUUGCAGAACAUUGGAGAUCACCUCAUCCCUCUGAAGCGUUCUGAGCCUAUGCUUCUAAUGAUCUUUGUCUAUCGGGAUGAGAGACAGGCGCAGAUCCCGAUAGAUCAACAGCGAUCUGAGUUGCAGACCACCGCAUCGGCAACACCAACCCAAGGUACACCAAUGCCGAGGCCAUCACUCUCAGGCCCAUCAUGGUCACCCGCAACACCUCAAGGGUCCUUCGGCACGGCCUUAUCUCAGCCACAAUAUAGUCAAACGCCGAUUCCGCCUCCCAAGAUUCCAGGCCACCCGACACCAGUAGUGCCGCCACGUCAGGCACCGCCAGCAACCGCGCCGCAAGUCGCACAAGACCCUAUGGUCCCGGCUUUACGAGCUGCGCAGGCUGAAGGCGAGAUGAAGGCUCGUCAGGUUCUUGGCCCUCUAUUUUCUAGUUCGACCGUUGCCUUCCUACUUCCUCAUGCCGCUCGCAUGAAAGAAGGCGAGUGGACUGCUGUUCGUAGAGCUCUGGAACGCGAUCCACGAGCCCGUGAUGAUUUACAACUUCUGAGCAAGCUUUUGACUGAAGAGGGCAACAAUCACCGUAAGAAUGGUCCGCAGCCCAACCCAGUUCCCUCCGGUGUCGCCCAGACCACGCUUGCGGCAACGAUUGAAGGUUCGGCGCCAGCGGUCCAGCCUAAUACAUGAUUCUUCUCAUUCACCGAUCAAAGCGACAGUUCUGUUCGAAUAAAUAUGUAUUCCAAUCUCAGUGGUCAGAAUUGGGUCAUUGUGGUUAAUGAGCCCUCGGUAUGGACUACGAGCUCUUGAGACGGUUUGAUUCUUGAAAGCGUG